AUGAAUAUACAUCAUCAACAUGCAACAAUCUAUUCAUCUACACCUAAACUUGUUGAAUCAUUUUUAACUGUUCCUCGUACAGUAACCGAUCGAAAUGAUUUUAUAUCAUCACUUGUUCAUACACUUGUACAAUCUGAUACAAUAAAACAAUCAUCUCUUAUUGAAUCACUUCGACAUCAACAACAAAUAAUUGGUACAAAUUCAAAAAAUAUUCAUCAAUUUUCUCGACAAAAACGUAAACAUUUAUCACGUAAAGGAAAUAAAUUAUUAUCAAAAACAAUAAAAAAAGUUCGUAAUGAUGCACGACAAAUACGUAAAACAGAUUUUCAAAUUGAUUAUAAAAAUUAUUUAUUUAUGAAUGAUUUAUGGAAACAAUAUAUAACAGAAUUAUUAAAAGACGUAACAAAUAAUGAAGGUAUUCUUCAACGUAUUCUUACAGCUGAUUAUCAUGGAUGUAUAAUACGUAUUGUUAAAGCUAAAAAUCAAUCAUUAAUUAAUAAAGAAGGAAUUAUUAUUCAAGAAACAAAAACUAUGUUUAUUAUUAUUGAAAAAAAUAAAAAUCGACGAUGUUCUAUAUUGAAAAAAGAUUGUCUUUUUUCAAUCGAUAUUAUUGUUAAAGAUAAACAACAAACAGUAUUUAUAUCAGGUGCAGCUAUUGCUGUACGACCUGAACAACGUGGUCAAAAACGAUCGACUAGCAUUGAAUAUAUGCAUGAAUUUUGUUAA